AUGGCACUUCAUUACUUGUUUCCUGCUGUGAAAUUACUCAAGCAGAAAUGUUUUCCAUCCCUCAGUGGAAUGAAGAGUUGUCAGAAUUUUUCCAGUAUGCAAGUCGACGAAACAGAAGGCGCUAACUUCAAACGUUUCGCCCAGCAUUGGUGGGACUAUGAUGGAGAUUUACAGCCAUUGCAUACUAUGAAUCGUUUGCGUGUACCAUUUAUUCAAAAUGGUCUUUGUCCAUUAACUACAUUAUCUACAGUUGAUUCAGUUUGUUUACCUUUGAAAGGUACGAAGAUUUUAGAUGUUGGUUGUGGUGGAGGUAUUCUAGCGGAAGCACUAUCUAUGUUGGGAGCAGAAGUUUUGGGCAUAGAUUUAGUAGCAGAAGGUAUAAAAGUAGCACAAGAACAUGUUGAAGCUACAUCUUAUCGCUGGGUUGAUCAUCCAGAUUUACAUAAACCUACAUAUAAACUUACUAGUGUGCAAUCAAUUAGUCAAGAGUAUCCAUGUCAAUUCGACGCAGUUGUUGCGUCUGAAGUAUUAGAACACGUUACUGAUUGGGAGGAUAUGUUGAACAGUUUAAAACAAUGCUUGAAAUUAGAAGGAAUGUUAUUCGUAACUACAAUAAAUCGUACUACCGCUUCAUUACUACUAGGAAUUGGUGUAGCUGAAUAUGUAGCUCGUAUUGUUCCACGUGGUACUCAUGAUUGGAAUAAAUUCAUUGAACCUAGUCGGUUACAGAUUGCUUGUAUCAAGCGUGGUUUGCAACCGCGUCAACUCAGUGGAAUGUUAUAUAACCCAUUAAGUCGUCGAUGGCGUUGGAGUAGUAAUUUAUCACUAAAUUAUGCAUUCAGUGCUAUGAAAAUCGAUGAAUAAAUAAGAUGGAGAACACCAAUUAUAAAUGCAUUUGUUCUUCGUCAACUGUUUCUUUCUCAAUCUAUUAAUUUAGUAAAAGCAAAGUGUGAUCAAUUAUCACGAAUUUAUUGACACAUUCUUUCCAUUGUUUGCUUUCAAUAACAUUAUAUAAUAAGCUGAUAAUUAUUGUAAAGUCUUGUCAACUCAUUAGAUAAUUA